AUGGCGGACGACCGGCAGACCUCGGACCUCCUUUAAAAAGGAAAAGAUCCGAUUCAUUUAUUGUUGCUAUCGACGGAUGAAAAACAGCUGAUCCUUCGGCAGGAGAAGAAGAAAUGUCCCGGUUGCCCCAAAUUAUUCGCCUAAUUAGGCCUAUCAGGAUUGAAGCCGCCCUUCUCUCCCCGAGAUCUCGAGGAUUUUGCGAAAAGGUCACCGAAGCCACUGCUUCACCAACGACAGCAGAAGCCGCUUCCCAGACUGACGAACCUGCACCUGAGCCUGUAGCUGCUGCCCCAGAGCCUGUAGCUGAACAGGCUUUUGUCUAUGACUCUCCUGCUACACCAACUGACCCUGGGCAUGCUGUUGGCCCAGGCGCAAGCAAGACAGGAGAAUAUCCCAACACCGAGUAUUACACCUACAACAAGAUGAGUUACUUUGAUCUGGAAGUUGAAAUGGGUGCAGAUCGUAUUCCACAGCCUUCGGCUGACAAUGGACUUCUGUAAGAUAUAAACUACUUUCAAGUUGCUCAGCUCAAGCAGAAGGUUCUCGUUCUCCAUGGUGAGCUAAAUGUAACAACAUCAAAGAAACAUAAGACAUCAAUGUGAAACUCAAGGGCUUAAAAAUUUGUAAGCAAAAGCUUCAAAAAGAGUAAACAAACCAAACUCA